AUGAUUGCGGUCCCGAGAGAGGGUAGAGGGUUCCGGCUUGGCGACGGAGCGCUACGGGAAUAUUUCGCGGCGAAGAGGAGGAGGAGGAGAGCGAAUGGACGACGGACUCGCCACGGAAGACGACGCUCAGCGCGAUGCCAUGAUUCAGGAGACGGCGCGGCGACUCCUCGACGAGUCGUACGAUCACCCAUCACCAGAUUCAUGCCGAUUUAUCAAAAUACUAAUUCUAAAAUUAUAAAAUUAAAUUACAAGAAGAAGAAGGCUCCGGAGAAUUAA